AUGAUGAAGCUGAUUGACUACGUGAAACAGACAGAAACAGUGACUAUGCGUGACAUGGAGCGGCAGCUGGAUCACUCGAGGGAUCGCCUGCUCUUCCUCAUGGAUCACGCCCAGCUGAACCCUUCCGACAUGCGAAUGAACAGCCAGGUGUUUGAGUGGCACACACGCAUGGGCGACAUCUUCGAGGAGCAUCGAAAUACCGUGCGGGUGAAACGGGAGGAGUUUGAGGUCAACCUGCGCUAUCGCCGCGAACGCUUCAUUGAGGAGUUGGAGUCCUAUCGAAAGCAGGUGGAUGAAUACGAGAACCUUGGUGAUAUCAACGAGCUGUUCAACAGUAAGUACAAGGAGUGGAUGGAGGGGCCCAUGGACAAGGUGAAUCCCGAGGCCGUGGACUCUGAUGUUGGCAAUUACUAUCGAACUCUCUUCAAGCUUGAAAAGACCUUUGAACAGAUGCCGGCGCCCCGGAAGAUUGCCGGCAAGGUCAGAACCAAGGUGGAGGAGUUCAAGGAACACAUGCCCAUCGUGCUGACCCUAUUCAAUCCUGGCCUCAAAGAGCGCCAUUGGCAACAAAUCUCGGAGGUCGUGGGAUACACUCUGCGCAACGAAGAGGGUAUGUGCUUGGCCAAGCUGGUUGACAUGAACUUGGAGGCCUUCAUACCGAAGUUCGAGUCUAUUUCGGAGGCUGCGAGCAAAGAGCACGGUCUGGAAAAGGCAAUGGCUAAGAUGCAAGCCGAAUGGGCACCAACCAUGCGCGGUUCACCCUUCAUCAAGCCAUUUGAGAAUGAAAUUAGAGAAUGGGAGGGCAAGCUAAUCAUGACGCAGGACAUCCUAGAUGCCUGGAUGAAGGUUCAGGCCACUUGGCUCUACCUGGAACCCAUCUUCAGUUCGCCAGAUAUUAUGGCACAGAUGCCAGACGAGAGCCGGAAGUUCACCUCGGUCGACAAGACCUGGAAGGAACUCAUGAAACUGGCUACUGUUGAUCCCCACGUCCUCAAGGUCAUCACCAUCGACAAGAUGUUGGAGAAAUUCAGAAAGGCAAAUGAAUUUUUGGAGAUAAUCCUGAAGGGACUGAACGCGUACCUGGAGAAAAAACGUCUCUGCUUUCCACGCUUCUUCUUCCUCUCCAACGAUGAGCUGUUGGAAAUCCUAUCUGAGACCAAGGAUCCGACACGAGUCCAGCCGCAUCUUAAAAAGUGCUUUGAGGGUAUCGCUACCCUCACCUUCACAGAUGACCUUGAUAUUACACACAUGAAGAGCAGUGAGAACGAGGUGGUUCAGUUGAAGAAUGUGAUUUCAACCUCCAAAGCUCGCGGCGCGGUGGAGAAGUGGCUCAUCGAGUUGGAGGAGGAUAUGAUUAUUUCGGUGCGACUGAACAUUUUUAAUGCCCUGGAGAAUUAUGUUGUUGCACCGAGGCGGGAAUGGGUGUGCCAUUGGUGCGGUCAGGCGGUGUUGGCCAUUUCUAUGACCUACUGGACUACUUACUGCACCCAGGCCAUCGAUACUGGCGCCGAAGCAAUGAAUGACUACCUGGAGGUUAGCCCUGAACUGUUCUUUUGCAAAUACGGAGAACUCCUUUACGUUUAUAAAAAUCCUUUACUGAAAGAACUGUCUAGGCUCUUUACUAAUCGUAUCCUGUGUGUGAGGUGGUCUUAUGUGUGA